UGUCGGAUAUGUCAGUCAUUGUGGUUCGUGGCAUUUAGCAGACAAAGACAGCUUCCAACGAUGGUAAUGCGUCCGUGGAAACUUGUCAUUGUUGCCUGCUGCUUAGCGACGCUCCACGUGCUUAGCCUGACGUCGGCGAGCAAUCAUUGGGUAUUGAAGGAUGCUCGGAUCGUUCAGAAGCUUGACUCUCCAUUUCACAUGCGGGAUCCGAAGAAUCUGAUCGCCUUCCUGGCUCAGAUACGCUACAAUGAGUAUGUGGAGCGUUCGUAUUUGGAUUUGUUGCGGAAACGUGAGCAAAUCGUCGAUCAUUUGCGCUUCUCUAUGCGGUUUGGCGAGGAUUUGGUCGAACAGGCCAAGUGCGCCAUGGACUACUAUAUGCUUGAGAAACGCAUGUCGUAUUUGAAAAUAACGCCCGAGCAACUGAAGCGCAUCAAUUUGCCGGAACAGGGUGAAACGGGAGCGAGCCCAGGCACGGCUGGCAGUCUAACCGCUUCUGAUCGCAUGGUUGAGCCCAUCUGUAAAAAUUACUAUGAGCUGAGUGUGGGUCCGGCCACUUAUGAUCAUCUGGAGAGCUUUCAGCCUGAGGUCACAGAGUCUGCGUAUGUGGAGCGAGAACAGGAUACCAACAUUGGCGCAUCCACAGUUGAGCUGAUUCGGCGCUUUGCUGUCAAUGGAUUGCAACGUCAGCCAGAGUCGUGGAAGUUUCACACGCUUAGCUCCUAUUAUUGGCGCAUGCGUGGCAAUGCACUGCAGGCUUUACCCUGCGCCCGUCUGGCCACAAUGCUGGCACCGCCCCCCUUCAAGGAUAUACCGCUACUCAGCCUCGGCACGAUUCUGUUUCGGAUGGGACGCGCCGAUGCAGAGAUUAUACUCAAAGCAGCUGUCGAGCAUGCGCCUACAGUUGCUGAAAAUCAUAUUGUUCUGGCCUCUGCGCUGGCCAUGAAGCAUGAAUUCAAUCGUUCUCUCCAACACUUCGAUGAAGCUGAACGGCUGGAUCCCAGCACCUUGCCGCGAACACGCCAAGUGCGCCACUUCAUCAACUGCCUCGAAAAACUGACCAUGGAAACAUCGAAAAUGUAUAGUUAUGUGAAGUACAUGAAAAACGAGGUGAAGGAGUUCAAAAAACUCAAAUACCAAAUAUCACAGAACCACGAGCGCCUCAUACAGCAACAGUUGCCAUUGGGAGCGCGUCGUUUUCUCGACACAAAAGCCAACAACGAUGACCUACAUCGCCGGGGCCAGUAUUGCAGCACACGGACGCCCAACGGCUCUGAUGAGCCGGUACUGUUCUGUGAUUUUUACUCGGACAUGCAGAUGCGACUAGAGAGCAAGGACGUGGAUAUCGAUGUAUUGGAACGCGAUCUAAAGGCCAAUACGGAUGCUGUGAUACAACAGGUGUCGACCGAAAUACGCAAGCAGUUUAAUUUGGAGCAACUGAAGGCAGCAAAGGCACAAAUGCCCGCCAAAACAACGACAAAGAACACAAAGUCCACGUAAAAAUCGUGUAAGUCCCUCAAGGAGGGGGGAGAAAGUCAAUGCAACGUAAUUGUAGGUGACCGCCCGAAUAUUAUUUCUCGCUUUUAAUCUGUUUCUACGUUUAUGCAAAGCUCAAAAAAGCGAGAUAGCUGAGACGUACAUAUACUAUUGAGCUUGUUUUGCAAUUUUUAGGGCCAAACAUAGGCGUGGAAUGUUUUUAUGUAGUAUUUUGUAUUGCAUUUGCGAUUCCACGAACGGAAUCGCUUCAUUACAUUGUAUAUAGUUAUAGACUAUUCGUAGCUCCAUAGGUUAAGACAUUCAGGUAUAGUUUAAUGUUUAAAACAGUGUUAUUUUAAAUUAUUGCAUUUUAUACACCUAUGUACAAUGUUUAGUUCUAUGCUCAAGAACAAAUCUACUUAUAAUAUUCACAAAAGCUUAUAAAAAUCACGUCAAAAGUA